UUAGCUAGCACUCGCUAACGGUAUUCUCUGCUAAAGGGAAGACGGUAACACAAGAAAAUCAACACCUGGAUUGCUUAAAGGACUGUACCUCAAUAAAUUAUAACCGAUCGAAGAAGGAUUAAUCAAGUUGUAAACAUUACAACCGAAGUUUAAUCAUUUUUGUUGGGUGUCUGUUGUCUCAUGAUGGAAGAUAAUGGUGCACAUUUCUUCGAGGGGACCGAGAAGCUGUUGGAGGUGUGGUUCUCUCGGCAGGAUGAAACCAAAGGAACCGGGGACCUCCGUACCAUCCCGAGGUUUGAGUGGGACAAACUUUUGGAGAAUGUGCAUUGUUUGAUCAUAAGUGUGACAAAGUCUGACAAGCAGGAAGCUUAUAUACUCAGUGAGAGUAGCAUGUUUGUCUCCAAGAGACGUUUCAUUUUGAAAACAUGCGGAACCACCCUCUUACUGCAAGCACUGGUGCCUCUGCUGGAACUCGCCAGGGAGUACUGCGGUUUCGAUGCCAUCGAGAAUUUCUUCUACUCCCGCAAGAACUUUAUGAAGCCAACCCAUCAGGAGUUCCCUCAUAGAAACUUCCAGGAGGAAGUAGACUUUCUCAGCCAGAUUUUCCCAAAAUGUUCCACCAAUCCCGUCUUUCCGUGCUGUGAUUGGUUAGAUGGUGCAGCCUACUGUAUGGGACGUUUGAACUCUGACUGCUGGUACCUGUUUACCCUGGACUUACCGGAGUACUGGGAGAACAAGCAUGCGGAUCAGACGCUGGAAGUUCUGAUGAGCGACCUCGAUCCAGCCAUUAUGGACCAGUUCUAUAUGAAAGAUGGUGUUUCUGCAAGUGAUGUCACUCGUAUGAGUGGAAUUCGUGACCUGAUACCAGGUUCUGUGAUCGAUGCCACAAUGUUCAACCCUUGUGGAUACUCAAUGAAUGGAAUGAAGACCGACGGAACUUACUGGACCAUCCACAUCACCCCGGAGCCGGAGUUCUCCUACGUCAGCUUCGAAACCAACCUCUCCCAGACGUCGUACGACGACCUGGUCAGCAAGGUGGUGGAUGUGUUUAAGCCAGGAAAGUUCGUGACCACGCUUUUUGUCAAUCAGAGCUCCAAAUGUCGCAGUGUCUUUUCUCCCGCCCAGAAGGUGGAGGGCUACAAGCGCCUCGACCGCCAGCUGGCUCAAUUUAACGAGUACAAUUUUGUCUUCACAAGCUACGCAAAAAGCCGCCAACAGAUCCAGCAGAGUUGAGGGUCAAGGAUGAAGAAGAGGCGUAAAAAGAAAGGCGGAAGCUCAGGGCCGCUCCUCCCCUGCAGCCGGCUUCUCACCCCAGUAGAGAGCUUGUCAUCAUCCUCUUCCUCCUCCUCCCUCUUCUUCCGCCCCGGCUUUGCCUCAAGUUUGAAUUGUUUGCAUUGUUGUACCCGUUACUUAGACCUCUUGCAUGAAAGCUCUUCUCCCCGUUUCGAUAUUCUAGCUCACCUUUGCCGUGAUUUUGAGGCGCAUGUAGAGGAAUUGAACACGCUCCGUUUGCGGCCGCCCGCCUGCUUCCAGCGCGGCCGCCCCUUCCUGCAGGUGUCCCCCCUCAUCCUCCACAGACAAGGCUUCCGCCCACACUAGGCCAGGGCCCCUGCCAUGCUCAGAUCGGUCCACUCAGCUCAUCCGUCGUGUGUCCCGUCCCCGCCAAAAAAAGUGUCAAAAUUCGACCAAACAUACCUGAUUCGCUCAUGUAUUUAUUUGUGAACAACGAAUCAGUUUUUUUGAGUGCACUUUAACAAACCUGUUUGCUCACGGUACGAAAAAAGACAGAAGGCUGUCCUAUUAUUUUAUUUCUCGCUGUCUAAAUGAAUGUAUAAGUCAUGGUAAGCUUUUGGCCGUUCCAAUUGUCGUCGCUUUGUUGGUCCACACUUGAGUUCCUUUCUCCGAUUGCCAUACUUGCUGUUUAAUGUUGCACAUGUUGGAUAAAAGGUUCUCAGCCCAUUGGUCGAUUUUCAAGGGCACUAAUAGGUAGAAAACAAUUUAAGAAAAAUACAUUCUGCUUUGCUGGGCUUUAGUUUUAAUGACAACUCUCACCAGCAUUCACUUAUUUGUACUCUACUUAGAAACAGACAAUCAAUCAUGUAGUCCGUGUGCUCGCCCCAAUAGACAGGCUUUAAAUGCCUGGAAAAUGUUUGUGUAUAAAUCAUUGAAGACAUGCGCUGUUCCACCCUGCAUCUAUAGGAAGCCUCUGGGCCUUAGCCCCCCCCCCCCCUCCCUCACCUCCAGUGAUUAUCAGCACUAUCGUUUUCACAUGAAGUGGUUAAAACAUUCAAACUGAAUGUAGCAACCUCCCCAACCCCCAUCUUUUGAAUGUACACAUCCCUAGAUAAAAGCCUGGACUGGGUUUGAGCUGAAUGUACCACUCCAGUAGAGCGCCUGCCUCAAUUUCUCUUUCUGCCCCCCACACCAUACAGAAAACUACAUUCUCAAUAGGCCGGUCUGAGCAUGCAAGGGUGAUCCCGGAUCAUUCCGUAUGCGCGUGUGCUCGAUGAAUUUUUGUCACCAGCUUAACCGGUAUCUUGUUGUGUUUUUUUUUUUUUUUUGUGUGAAAACUCAUGCCGUUUAGUUCCAAAACAGUUUCUUCCCAUAACUAACUUAUUAAUCGUACUUCACGUUGCAGACUAAUUACUGAGGGAAGAUCCGGGUAUCUUUUGGCGCUCCGGUCCGCCCUCCCCGCCUGGCGUCCGGCUUCCGAGUGGCUUUCACGACGCUUCUCCUGCCAGAGAAUGUGCUUUUGAACCUCGAGCCGGACGACACGGUGGCCGUUGACCUACGCUUGGUUGUUUUUAAGGCGCCUGCCUACGGUUGCAUCAGCAUCCUCCCGCGAGGCACUCCAGUGAGGCACUCCAGUUGGACCAGGUGGUGUAAUCGGAAGAGUCUUGGUUCUUGCUCCUGGCAGCCAGUCUUCGGUCUUACAUGAGCAGCUGUCUAAUGACUUGAGGUCAUCUGCCAUGACUGUUAUCCGCUCCUUUUUCUUUAUUUCUUUAUUUUUAAGUCACACAUUGGUAAAACUAAUCAGAAUUACGCAAAGCGUUUUAAAGCUAGCUCUUAUUGGAUAGAAGUACAUUUUAGCCUUGUUAGUGUGGAUCAUUAUGCUAUUUUAUUUUUUUAUACAGUGAACUCAAAAUGCAUUUUUUUUGCAGUUGAAUGGUAAUAGAAUUUUAUACAAAAAAUAUAUAUUUUGUAUAUUUUGCUGCGGACCAAUCUUUUCUCCCCCCCCCUUUUUUUUCUUUAGUCAUCGUGAAACCAGUUUGUUCUGAAGUCACGGGAUGAUCUUUUUCAAAGCUGAAUCCUUCAUGUUUCUGUUAAAUUCUUUCGUUUGUGUUCAUUUUCACUCUCCUUUCCUCUGCCAAUCUUCUCUCCAGAGGAAGGGAGACUGAAAGCCCCCCCCCCCCACCCCACCCUCCUGGUAACAGAAGGGGGUGCAUUUGCAGGAUGUACUGAAGGAGAAACUUUGCUGUUCUAAUUCUUUCUUUUGCCGUUCUUUGAAUGGUCAAGAUGUGCUAAAUAUAUCUGUGCUACGAGCUUGAUGCUUCAAUAAAAGAAAGAUGCUUAUCUGUGCAA